AUCUCAUUUGAUCUCCUCUCCAAAAUGAACACGUUUCUUUCCAGAGCGAAUAACAUCUUUGCCUUUACUUUAACCGUUUUGGCAACGUUAACCUUUGGAUGUUUUCUCUCGACAUUUUUUAAGGAUUAUAAUCGACCUGUCGAGCUAAAGGCCGUAAAACACGUCGUAAAACAUGUUAAAGACUUCAGUGUUUCUAAAGAGACUAAUGAUUUGGGCAUUGUGAAUGUGGAUUUGACAGCUGACCUCACUAGUUUGUUUGACUGGAAUACAAAACAAUUGUUUGUCUAUUUAACAGCAGAGUACACUACAAAGAAAAAUAAGCUGAAUCAAGUAGUGCUGUGGGAUAAAAUCAUUGAACGUGGUGACAAUGCAAUUCUUAAGUAUCAAAGUAUGAACUCUGAAUACUACUUCUUUGAUGAUGGAUCAGGUUUAAAGGGAAACAACAAUAUCACAUUAUACCUUUCCUGGAAUGUCAUCCCUAAUGCUGGGCUUCUACCAAGAAUAUUUGUAGACAAAGAAACUCAUACAUUUGCUUUCCCAGAUGAAUAUAGUUAUAUCCGUGUAAACUAGUGUUGCGGCCAUUUUUGAUAACUAUUUAAACUAGAUUAUUGUAGAAUGCAGUGUAAAAAUUACAUAUUGAAAGAACGGUAAA